AUGGGUUCUUCCUUUAUCUUUGACAAGUCUCUGUUCAAUUAUCACCCGCCUUCUUUAGGAGCCGGCUUCUUCUUCUUGUUCUUUGUCAGCUUUGCUUCUUCCACUCCUCCAACAUUCACUGCUGCUGCCAACAAUGAGAAACAAGUGGAGGCUCUCCUGGCAUGGAAAUCUAGCCUCGAAGACCGUAGCCAAUCCCAACUGUCUUCGUGGCACGGUAACAAUUCUUGCAACUUUGUUGGAGUCACUUGCGAUGACUAUGGAUCCAUUACCCAUCUUAAUCUUUCCUAUCUCGGUUUGAGAGGAACUUUAGAUGGCCUCAACUUCUCAUGCCUAACCAAUUUGCUCAGUCUUGACUUUAGCAACAACUGGUUAUAUGGUUCAAUUCCGUCGAGUAUUGGUAGCCUUUCCAAACUCAACUAUCUUGAUUUAUGUAAGAAUGAACCCUAUGGGAACAUUCCUCCAAGCACUGGCAAGCUAAAAAAUCUUCACAGCUUGUACCUAUGUGGAAAUUAUCUUAGUGGACAUAUCUCUCUCGAGAUAGGUGACCUGAAGAGUUUGAAGAUUCUUUACUUAUGGGGAAACAGACUUUCAGGACCUAUACCUUCAGAAAUUGGGAGACUGACUUCCAUUCUUGAACUUCUCCUAUCGAUUAACAAUCUUAGCGGCUCUAUCCCUCCUUCUAUUGGAAACUUGACAAACCCAAUUCCUGCAGAGAUAGGGAAAUUGGUGUCUCUUAGACUAUUAGAUUUGUCCGAUAACAGUCUGAGCGGUCAAUCCCUUCCUCAAUUGGAAGCCUAA